AUGAUCACCUGUACAUGCGUGAAAGGCAUCGAAGAAACUUACAUCGACGUGAUGACUUCGCCUAUGAGGCAUGCUUGCGUGUUCACGCGCAUCAACUUCAGCAACUCUGCUGGUGCUGGGGUAAGAGCCAUGGCGAUAUAUCGUAUCGAUGCCGUGGAGGAUGACCAUCUCGCAUACGUUUCGCCAUACUUGGAUAGUCUUUCUCCGGCCCUUCGCUCACUGAACCGUGCAAUUCACGAUAAUCCCGAACUUGGCUACAGCGAAUACCUGGCACACGAAAACCUAGUCGCGUUCUUUGCUCACUAUGAUGGAUGGAAGGUUUCGCCUCGAGCGUACGGCAUCGAUACCGCCUUCAUUGCUGAGUACGAUACCGGACGACCCGGGCCUAUCGUCAGUUUCAACGCGGAAUAUGACUCCCUGCCAAACAUCGGUCACGCCUGCGGGCACAACCUUAUCGCAACAGCCUCGGUCGGGGCUGCGUUGGCGGCCGCAUCCUGUGCCUCCGAAUACAGCCUUCCGGGAAAGAUUGUCCUCUUCGGCACUCCGGCCGAGGAAGAAGGCGGUGGCAAAAUCAGACUGCUGGAUGCCGGAGCGUACAAAGGCCGUAAAGUAGAUGUAUCUCUCAUCGUACAUCCUGGGAAUGUUCGCGAUGCGGCGCUGGUCAGUACAGCAGCAUUGUCCCGCUUCAAGGUCGAGUACUUUGGGAAGGAAGCACACGCCGCGGCAGCGCCUUGGGAAGGGAUCAACGCCCUGGAUGGACUCAUUACAGCAUAUACUGCACUGUCUGUUCUGAGGCAGCAGACCAUGCCCGGGGACAUCAUUCAGGGUCACAUUACUCACGGCGGGGCGGUGCCGAACAUCAUACACGAGUAUGCCGCCGGCGUCUUCGUGGUCCGUGCGAAGCGGCAGGCCAGGCUGCAGGAGCUCAUGAAGAAAGUCACCGCGUGCUUCGAGGCUGGCGCACUCUCCUCCGGCGCACGGCUGGAAAUAACGCCGAUCCUGACCUAUCUCGACCACGUCCCGAACAAGGCCCUGGGGCGGUCCUACAGACGGCACUUCAACCGCCUCUUGUCCAGCGCGAGCUCGCCGGAGAUCAUGACGGACCACAAACACAGCACGGAACUCCCCGAAGUCGAUCGUCCCAUCGAACCCCCGGAGCAAGACAUCAUCGACGGGUUCUCCAAUGCGUCCACAGAUCAAGGCGACAUCUCAUAUGCGAUGCCCUCGCUCCAUCCAGGCUUCCAGAUCCGUUGCGAGGUCGGUCCGCAUACACCCCUGUUCGCUGCGGCCGCAGGAACCGACGACGCGCACGCGCGGGCGAUACGUGCCGCAAAGGCGCUUGCUGCAACAGCUCUCGAUGUCCUGUCGAAAAAUGGAUACCUCAGAGAGAUCAAGGAGGAAUGGGAGCGGGACGUGCAUCACCAAGGCUGA